UCCUCCGAUGCCGCCGUCCUUGACCUGCUAACAGGUCCACCUCCUUCCUCUCCGAAGCCACUGCCAAGGCGGGAUUCUUUCAUGGAUCCGCUGCUUCUCGCUGCUACUGCCGCUUCGGGUCCAAACGUUACCCGCAACCACUAUACUCAUGAUUUCUUCCCGGGCGUCAUGAUGCCACAAUCACAAGGCUCUUACGACUGGACGAAGUGGUCAGGCGAAGAUGCAGCCGCCCGAGGUGAACGCAGACGUUUGACCUAUGUCAGCCGACAAGGCCCUCGCAAAGCACGUCUCCAGGCCGAGGGCAAGCUCGAGAAGGAGAACGACUCACCACAGUCCCCCGAGCCCCUGAGACCUGCUGACAAUAUUCCCCAUCCACAUCUCUCACGAAAGCCUCCAACGCAUUUGGCCGUUCCCGAUCACACUCGCGCAAUUAUACCAAAACCUGCAGCAGAUAAACUCCCACCUCAGCCAGUCGAGGUCAAGUGCAUGGCGCGCACUCGCAUACCAACUCCUCAUGGUCCCGUUUUCCUCCACCUCUACCAUAAUAACCGAGACAGCAAGGAGCACCUUGCUAUUGUUGUUGACCCAUCACAGUAUGAUGACGCCCUCCAGCAGCAUGUUCCCCCGAUCCGUAGCCGCACGCUAGACGCCACAUGGGGCGAGAACGAAACUGAAAUGGACCGUUUAGUACGGGGCGCCUACGUUGGCAAGCUGUCAUCCACAUUGAAAAAUCCUUCGUUGCCAUCCUCCCAGCCUGUCAUCAGCGGCGACGCCAUCCCACCACCACUCGUCCGGAUUCACUCGGAGUGCUUUACUGGGGAGACAGUGGGAAGCAUGCGCUGCGAUUGUGGGGAACAGCUAGAUGAGGCCAUCCGCCUCAUAUCGCAGCCGACCCGUCUCCCACGGGACUCUCCACUUGGUCUGCCUGACCUGCCGGGGCGUGGGGUCGUAGUCUAUCUUCGCCAAGAAGGGCGUGGCAUCGGUCUCCUGUCGAAAAUCCGGGCGUACAACCUCCAGGACAUGGGCCACGACACGGUCGCGGCUAACCUGAUGCUCGGGUACGGCGCUGACGAGCGCAACUACGAGAUUGCUGGUGCUAUCCUACGCGACCUCAGGGUCGGCUCGGAGCAGGAUCGGGGGCUCCGUUUGUUGACCAACAACCCAGACAAGGUGGCGGCAUUGGAGAAGGAAGGAGUCAAGGUGGUGGAACGCGUUCCGAUGGUUCCGCGCAGCUGGAAGUGUCGGACCGGUCACUCGAAACCGAACGAAGCGGGGAAGGAGAAGGCGGCGGGACUGACUAUGAUUGGAGGAGAGGCGGUGAGAGGAGACGAUCUAGACAAAUACCUUCGCACCAAAGUCGAACGCAUGGGCCACAUGCUCCCUCUUUACCUG